CACCCCCCCCAACCCCCCAAGAAGAAGAGAAAAGGAAAACGGUACAUAUAUAUAUACAAUGGCUUUGAGUGGUAGAAUUGCAAUCAUGGUGGUUUUGGCGGUGAUCUGUUGUGGGAUUCCGGCAGUUCCGGCUGCGGUGUACACGGUGGGGGAUUCAUCUGGCUGGGCGAUGGGCGGCGACUACGGUAGCUGGGCUACUGACAAGACUUUUGCUGUUGGUGACACCCUGGUAUUCAACUACGCCCCCGGGCACACCGUGGACGAAGUGAGUGCAAAUGACUACAAAACCUGCACCACCGGCAACUCCCUAUCCUCCGACAGCAGCGGCGCCACCUCCAUCACCCUCAAGUCCGCAGGUUCCCACUACUUCAUUUGCGGCGUCCCCGGCCACUGCAGCGGCGGGAUGAAGCUCGCUAUCACUGUCGCAGCGGCGGCAAGUUCUGGUGGCAGUACCGGGGCUUCACCAUCCGGCACCACCACUUCUCCUUCCACCACCACAUCUCCGGCUUCUCCCACCGGCGUCACGACCCCGACUGCGGGCACACUCAAUCAGCCAUCUUCCUCGGCGGCGUUAUCUCCGGCGGUGGCUGCGUUUUUCACCUUUUCCGUUGUAGCGUUUUUUCUGGUGAAAGGAAAUUGAGUUGGGUUUGUGUGUAGCCAGGAUAGAGGCAGUGCCCCUUCACUUCUUCCUAUUUUCAUCAUCUUUGUGCAAAUUCAUCUCUGAUUUCAUGGUUUAUUUAAUUUCCUUUUCUGUAAUUUUAUUUUAUGUUCUUAAAUAUUUGGAUUUAAUUCAA